AUGGCGUCCACGCUGGCCCUGCUCAGCGGCAUAACGGUGCAGCCCGUCGGCGCCACCCCCAUGGCGCACUCGCCGUCGGCGUCGGCCACGCACGUGCAGCAGCAGCAGCAACCACAGCAGCAACAGCAGCAGCAGCAGCAACAGCAGGCGGCAUCCACAAGCACGCACCUGGUGCUGCGCUUGAUGCCCAAGAAGAAGAAAAAGGGCAAGGGCGUGCAAUGGGCCGAGGAUGUGGUAGACAAUGAGUUUAUGAACAAGAAGAAGUCGAAAAAGUGCUGCAUCUUCCACCCGCAGCGGCAGUUUGGAGAGUGGAGCGACAACGAGGACAGUGAUGCAGAGUGCGACUGCCCUGAUGGCGCCUGCCAGCCGCCAGACCAGCCACAACAGCAGGCAAAGCCGGCGUUGCACACAGCGAGUGGCACACCGUGA